AUGGCAUCCAAUAACUCGUUUCUAUGGCAAUCUAAUUUCAGAAUCAUUAAUGACAGGGUCAUUUUAGUUCAGGUUUUGAUAUGUGUUUUUCUCUGCAUAAACCUGUUUCUGAUCACAACUUUUUUUCUGAAGGAUUACUUUCACACAACCAUGCGCUACGUCUUAUUUGUUGUAACACUGUUUUCUGACUGUCUGUUUCUGAUAAUGACAGAUAUGCUGCUUAUUUUGAACUACUUUAGUUUAACCAUUCAAAUGUGGCUGUGUCUUAUUAUCUACAUUAUUUUGUCUGUGUACACGCUUGUCACACCGCUCACUCUCACUGCAAUGGUUCUGGAGCGCUAUGUGGCAAUCUGCAUGCCCCUGCGACAUGCAGAGCUGUGCACCACACACAAAACUGUCCACCUCAUCCUCAUCAUUCACAGUCUCAGCUCAGUUCCCUCUAUUGUUAUUAUCUCUAUCUUUUUUGCAACAGCAUCUCUCACUCUCUACACCACAGGCAGAACAUGCUCUGCAGAGAUGUUCAGUACGUACCAAUGGCAGGAACAUCUGCGAUCGGCUAUAAGUCAGUUUUACUUCAUGAUCAUGUGCAUGAUAAUAAUUUUCUCGUAUGUUCAAAUAAUGAAAGUGGCCAAAGCUGCGUCGGGGAACAAUAAAAAAUCAACAUGGAGAGGUCUCAGAACAGUGAUUCUUCAUGCUUUCCAGCUGCUGCUUUGUCUCAUCCAGCUGUGGUGUCCCUUCAUUGAAAAUGUUGUGCUUCAGACUGAUUUGAUGUUAUUUAUUAAUAUCAGGUACUUUAAUUAUGUAACUUUUAUUCUAGCUCCAAGAUGCCUGAGUCCUCUGAUCUAUGGUCUCAGGGAUGAUUUAUUUUUUCAGGCAGUCAGGUACUAUGCUCUCAGUGGCUUGUACAAGAAGCAGCUAUUAGGUUGA